UAUACACCGAGUUGAAUCGCGGCAGAUUUAAUUUACUUUCUUGCAAAAAAGCUGUCAAAAAUGGGUAAAAGUGAAGAUUUAGGCGUUUCUGAGGAAGCCAAAGAGCGACAAAGCUUUGUGAUGAACACUGAAGCAAACCGUCUUGCAUCUUUUAAGGACUGGCCGUUUGACGAAAACUGCAAUUGUAUGCCGAGCAAGAUGGCGGCUGCAGGCUUCUAUCACUGUCCAACAGCUCAGGAACCUGACCUCGUGCGCUGCUUCAUGUGCUUUAAGGAACUUGACGGAUGGGAACCAACCGAUGAUCCCAUGCUGGAGCACAAAUCUCACGCUCCUAAGUGUGCCUUUGUCAACAAAAAGAAGGACGAGAAAGAUAUGACCGUGGCUGAGUUUUUCAAGCUAGAAGCAAUCCGACAGCAGAACAGACUUAUGAACCAUGUUGAGAAUCGCAUCAAAGAGUUCACAUACGAGGCAGAGAAAACGAGAAAGCAGAUAGAGGAGCUUAAGAACCAGUAAUCGGUAACUUCUGAAUCCAACUUGGAACCGGCGGGCCCAAGUGAGGCUGCGCACGGUCCAAGAUGUUACUUUCUACUGAGUUGAAUGUACACAUGAAUAAUGCUUAGCUUGAAGUUUUUUGGUAGGUGCGUAAAACAUUUGGAGUGUGUACAUAAUAUUUAUACUUGUAGAAAAUCUAUUUCGAAAAGUGUGGGAAUCUGUAAGCGAUUAAAAUCUGCAAAGAAGACUCAUGAAAAUUUUCACAGUAGUUAAUGUAAUCAGUUAAUCAGUCAAACUGCUCAAAAUUGUAGACUACAUACAGGGUGCAGGAACUUCAUUCUUGAAAGGGCAAAGCAGUUUCCCUUUCACGAAGGGCACUUGUAGUAGAAACUUAACUGAGGCAAAGACCGGGGCAUCAAGGCCAUUGCCUCCGAUAAGUUCCUGCCCUGUACAUGUACACACUUGCACCACGAAUUGAAAAGUGUAAAUAUCUCGCCUUCAGUAUUUCUGUUAUACCUUCAGUAUGCUCUCCCCUGGUUUCAUAUAACACUGUUAAGACUAGUGACAUCACCCAAGGCAGUGGAUUGUUCUCUGGAAUAUAGCCAAUCACUCUAUAUACACAUACGUACCGAUCAGCCUAGCUUUUAUUUUUGGAAGGCUUCACACAGUGCUGCUGGAAGAUUGUGUGUGUGUUUGUGUUGAUAACAUCAAUUGUACAAAGAUGUCUGCAUAAGGGGUCACUCAUUUUUUCAUCAUUUUCAUAAGCAUACUAAACGACUUUUCUUUGACCCCUUGCUGAAUGAGUAUGCAAGAAAAUGACGGUCAACAAUCACUUUUCACGUUCUAAGAAUAUUCACUGCACUGUUACUCCCCAAUACAUUCUGUGAGCUCAUGACAAUUCUGAGAAAAUGAAUUACCCCUUUAGUUGAUGUAUGUGGCAGAAAAAAAUAUGUCCACAAUGAUCUCUGUGUUGCUGUCAUAUUGUGUACAAUUUGAUUUUUAAUUAAAAAGGCACUCCCCUUAGAAAUAGACGGAUAAAUAACAGCGAUUAAAGCUUUUUCUCCACACCUCUUUGUGAUUCUGGAAGAAAAAUGCACAGUUUGUUAUCCUCCAACAAAAAAAACGACAUCAAUUGUCAAAUUUAAAAACUUUACAUAUGUAUACGUGUGACAUUUCUAUUAAAAUAAAUACACACCAGUUUCAACCCUUCCCAACUGGUACCUGCUUAUCACAAAAUAUUUCUUUGGAUGACAAUUACUUGGCUGGAGUUUUGACACUUUGAACUUCUUGCCUAGAUUCUGUCAUCAUUUCACCCAAAACACUAAUGAAGGAAAAACCUGUUACUUAUGUACACAAUUUUACAAAAACUUUGAAGAAAUGCAUUUUUUUUUACAUAAAUUGAGUAUAAUCAAAACUGUUAGAAGUGUCCUAAUAAGGUCAGAAGGAAAAAAAGUUCAAAUAUGUACAGUAUGCAUGUUAACUAUGAGACACUUUCAAAGUAUCUUUUUUAGCAGUAACUCGCAUAAGGUUUUUAAGUUCACUUGGGGACAGAGGGUAAACCUGAUUUGGACACUAGCUUGUGUUUGUCACCCCUUAAUACUCAAUAAAACCUGGAUAGUAAGACUUAACAUAA